AUGGGGUCCACAUCCCGGUCCUGGGGUCCGGCUGGGCACAACGUCAUCCUUCCCGACGCCCACGCGGCCACACAGCGCGCAGGCCGGCGCCGGGUCCUGGGCACCGAGGCGGGGCGCGAGAGCAAGGGCCGAGGGCGGCGUCCCCGGGUCGCGACGGUGCGGAGCCGGUACCGGUGCGCGGAGGCCCAGCCACGCAGCGGUGAGCCGGCGGCCGCGGCCAGGCCCGUAUCCCGGCAGGAUGACCGAGCUUCCGGCCCCGGGGACACCCCGCGGCCGUCCCGCCGACCGCUCCCCAGCCAUGCGGCCCGCGCGUCGCAGAGCCAGCUCCGGGGCAGGGCGACGGCGGGGGAUGGCGCGGAAGAGAACAAAGAGGCUCUGCCGGGCUCACAAUGGCACCAUUGUGAGCGCUCGGGGCUCCCAGUUCCCCUUCUGUCCCCAACCUGCGCCGGCGCCUGGAGGGCCCGGUGGGAGGACGUGGGAGCCCUCCCGGAGCUCUGCCAGCGCUGCCCAGAAGCCAUUAACCUGCCUCCACUGUGUCUCAUCUCCACGGAUCUGCCUCUUCUGGACAAUUCUCAUGAAUGGAAUCCUACAAUACCUGGUCUUUUUGGUUCGCUUCUAUCCCUGAGCAUAAUGUCCUCCGGAACAUCUCCGCUGCCGCCUGAGCCGUCCUGCACUUCUGGCCGAAGGCUGUGUGGGGAUCCGGGUAGACGGGAGAAGGUAACAUAAGGCAGAUGCCCUUUGACAGACGAAGAGAUAAACCUGAGGAGGCACAGAUGCACACCAGAAUACGGCUCAGCCUUGAACGGGAAGGCCUUUCCGACAUCUGCUAGAACGUGGUACCUUGAAGAUAAUAGGCUUGGUGAAAUACGCCAUCACAAAAAGACAAGGACUGGAUAAUUCUACUAGGGUGAAGCUCUGGGAGGGGUCAAAUCGUGGGUCCCAGGGGCCGCGGGAGGUGCACGGGGAACUAGAGUCUAAUGGGGCCAGAGUGUCAGUUUGGGACAAUGAAAGAGUUCUGGAGACGGAUGAUGGUGACCCGACAACAUGAAGGCACUUACUACCCCAGAGCCCCGGGGUUCACAAUGGUUGAAAAAGGGAAUUUUACGUCAUGAGUUAUUCCACCACCAUUCUGAAAAAGAGAAACACACACGCACACACACGUGCACACGCACACACACACACACACGCACACACACUUCUAAAGGAGCAAGCAUCCAGAUAUCUUUGGUCUGCAGCUGUUCCUUCUGAGUAACAGGCUCUGUGGAGCUGUAACGUUUUGGUCCGGUACCCCAGGAAUUGGUUUGGUUUAAAUGGCUUAAAAUUGGAGGUACCACGAGCCCCACGAUCAGCUUUCCUCCUUCACCUGGACAGCUAGAAAGGUGUGGACCACACUGGCAAUCCUCCUACACAGGAGAGGAACUCAGGACUUCUGGGUUCUCAUCUCUGUCAAAUUGUAAGGCAACCUAUGAACGUGGAAAACGGGUCAUGGUCUCAUUCACCAGUCCUA